AAUGUUACCGUACCUGCAUCCUGCAUCAAGCUAAUUUUUCAUUUCUUGUUUGAACUUUGAAAUCUAUUUUAACGGUAGGCUGUUGAUCGUCUUUAUUUUCAUCUUUAAUGUUAUGAAAUGACAUUCAAAUCGAUUUAGAAUUAGUAGAAAAUGGGUUUCACUUUGCUUAAGUAUUCUUUGUCAUCAAUUGUGAUAUUAUACUUUUUUGGGUUCAAUGCUGGGGCUGUUGAUGUGUUUUCAUUGUUCAAAAGAGAAUGUGGCAAGAAACCAUCAAUUGCAAUCAUUGGUGCCGGCAUUGGAGGCACUUCGUGUGCCUACUUUCUGUCAGAGCUAUUUGAGAAAGAUGUCUACAUUGAUAUUUUCGAAGCCGAUGAGGUUGGAGGACGUUUGAAAUCGCAAUUAAUUGGGGGAAUCGAGGUUGAGCUUGGAGGUGCUGUUCUUCAUCCCAGGAACAAAUACAUGAGGAGCUUUGUGAAGAAAUUUGGUCUAGAGUAUGAGGUUAUUGCUCCGGGUAGAGCUGGAAUCUACAAUGGAAAGGAAUUCAUUUUUCUGGAAUCUGGAUGGAAUAUCAUCGACUGGAUUCGAAUGGUUUACCGUUACGGCUUGAGCAACAGCUACCACUUCUUCAGGAACAUCGAAUUCAUGCUGGACAGAUUCGAACGGGCAUACAGUACUUUGGAGAAAGGAUACGCCUUUCGUUCUGCCGAACACAUGCUGGAAUACAUGCACCCUUCUUUUCCUGCGAUGCGGAACGUCACCAUUGAAGAUGCAUUCAGGCUGGAGUUUGGUGAUCUGAUGUAUGAAGAAAUUAUUCUGCCAAUCAUGCGCGUGAAUUAUGGACAAGGAGGAAAUUUGCAUCAAUUUGUUGGUUCGGUUUCACUGGCUGGAGCAAUGCCAGAACUGUGGUCGGUGAAAGGCGGAAAUCGUCGAGUCGCGGAGGAACUUCUGAAAGCAUCGUCAGCUCUCAUUUUGCGCUCUCCAGUUUAUCAAAUAUUGUACAACGAAUUUGACAGAAACUACCAUCUUUCAUUUCCGCAAACAAGUGAGGGUGAUCUUCGUCAUACCGAAGCAUAUGAUAUUGUCGUGGUCGCAGCUCCCAUCACAGAAAACAGCGAAUUUCCAAUCGACUUCGGGCACAAUAUACUCACCGAACUGUACAAACCUCGUCCCUAUCAUACCACUCACGUCACCAUCGUCGAAGGCAGUCUCAACUACUCUGUGUUCAAUUGCUCGGUCGAUCCACUUCCUACUGAAAUCUACACACCCAACUCCAAUCUCAUGUUCAACUCGCUGUCUAGAUUGUCAAAAGAUGAUUCCAAAAUCGAAUUGUGGAAAAUAUUCUCCGAUGAACCUUUGAAUGAUUUCGAACUGGAAAUGCUUUUUGAGGAAGAUUUUAUAGUGAGACUGGAGAAAGUAUGGGAAGCUUACCCCCAAUACGAAGUACCCGCUCCAAUUGAAGAUUCGUUUUUCAUUCAGCAAAACAUGUAUUAUUUGAACGCGGUGGAAUGGGCUGCCAGUGCUAUUGAAAUGAGCGUUUUGUCAGCAAAAAAUAUUGCUGUGAUCAUCCACAGAGUGUGGCAGAGGAGCAACGACUACAGAUCUUGUUUCUUCUGCAAAGGGCCCGAUAAUUUCUGGCACAAGUAAGAACCAGUCUCGCAAAUAUUCAGCAAUUCUCAUUUCCUUCGAUUCAUUCAAUAAUAUUGAGUCUAUUAGUUUGUAAAGAGACCAAUAAUUAUCUCUCAUAAGUAGAACCAGAGGAGUGAGUUCGUGAAUAUUUAAAGGGUUUCUAUAUUGAUUUCUAAUGUUCAUCUUUCAAGUCGUUUAUUAGUAUUUAGUGUGUAUUACUUGUUUUUCUGACUUCAUGAGUAAGAGCCAGAGGUUGAGAACUAUUAAAUAUUUAAAUGAAUUUAAUAUUCAAUAAUGUUGAUUUUCAAGUCGUUUAUUAGCAUUUAGUGUGUAGUAAUAGUUUUUCUGACUAGUUUGUGUUUGGCUAAUUUCCAAUUGAUCCCAUGGCUGUGAAAUCAACAAGUACAAGAUUUGAUUUGUGUAUUGUAGAAAAAAUGUCCUAUUCGAGUCCAAUGUUGUUUCAAAUUACAUUUAAGAUGUAAUUUAUAUCGAUUUACUCAUGCUACUAGUAGGAAAUUUUGGGCUAUGGAAUGGGAAAAUAAUAUAUGGUGGCUUUUCUAUUCAAAUCUUUGGGGAAAUACAUUCUUCAAAUUGUUUGCGGAUCUAUUGUGAAGUAGAAGCUAUGGGCUGUGAAAAAAGAUUUGUUAAACAGGCUUGAAUAUUCGAGACUGAUGUAUUAGAACUGCUUUAUCUUUUGUUAUUAGAUUUGAUUUAAUGUAUUUAUAGCCCAUUCUCUGUGGCUGAAACAUUAUCUUGUGGUUAAUUUCACAAAAUAUACAAUGUUCCAACUAUUUGAGUAUUUCUGGAAAAGAAAUGCUUAAUUCAAUCUCCAAAUAAUGUUGAUGGUUAUAGUUCUCCAAAAUUGAUUCGCUGGUAAUUUCAAUUUCAUGAUCUCUUACAGUUUAUCUGAAUUGGUAUCGAAUACAAUUUGUCAAUGAUUGAUUAUGCAUUUGAAUAGAGUUAAUAGUUGAAUUUUUUGUGCUAUCUUUGAAAAUAAUCAUUACCAAUGCAUUAGUGUAAUAAUUAUUACGGGUCAAGAUACACAAGUAUUAUUGAGAAUAAAGAUACAUCAUAUAUCUUUAUAUUUUAUCUAAGGAGUUUGAUAGAAAAACGAUUGAAAGGCCUAAAUUCUAGUUCUAGGACCAAAUAAUUUUAGAUUUAAUGACACUGACUUGUGAAGAUUGAAACAUAUUCACGUGGAAGGCUGAUUGGAAUAUCCAAAGUUUAUUCAUAUUACUCCUAGACUUGUUUCUUGUAUUAGCUUUAUUAUUCUGAGUUGUCAUUAGUUCAAACUUAUUUUCGCAUUAUGUUCAAAGUUCAAAGAUACUGUUCGUUGAAAAGUUAUUCAUUUAUAAUUUGCUCAAUUAUUUUCAUUUUUCAACUAUUUUGUGUUUUCUGGAGUUAAUAAAUUUUUCACAUUUGUAA